UACGCCGUUCCCCCUACCUCUCCGCCUCAGUUUCCCCGCGGUGCCCGAUCGGGGCGGCCCCUCCCGGUCCCCGCCCCGGCCCCGGCCCCGGCCCGGUGCCGGCCCCCGCCCCGGAGCCGAGCAGCGCCCGCGGCCGCCGGGCCAUGGAGCUCAUCGAGCUGCGGGAUCUGCAGCCCGAGCCGCGGCCGGGCCGGGGCCGCCUGGAACGAGCCAACGCGCUGCGCAUCAGCCCUGCCCGCCGGCCCGGCCCCGGAGCGCAUCCUGACCCGCGGCUGACGGCGGCACCGGGCGCCGGGCACCGCUUCGAGCCGCGGCGCCGCGGGCUGCACACCUGGUGCGAUCUCUGCGGGGACUUCGUCUGGGGCGGCGGCAGGAAGAGCCUCCAGUGCCGCCACUGCAGCUUCACCUGCCACUACCGGUGCCGGGCCCUGGUGCGGCUGGACUGCAGUGGCCCCCCAGGUGCUGGUGACGAGGAUGAUGGCAACGAGCAGGUGUUGGAGAAGGACACCAACGUGGAUGAGCCCAGCGAGUGGGAGAAGACAGAGCUGGACCAGGCGCAGGUGGAGCAGCGGAUCAAGGAGUACAACAGCCAGAUCAACAGCAACCUGUUCAUGAGCCUGAACAAGGACGGCUCCUACACUGGCUUCAUCAAGGUGCAGCUGAAGCUGGUUCGCCCUGUCUCGGUGCCGGCCACCAAGCGGGUCCCCUCCCUGCAGGCGGGGCGGCCGCACCCCCAGGGGGUGAAGCGCCGCACGUCCUUCUACCUGCCCAAGGGGACCGUCAAGCACCUGCACAUCCUCUCGCACACCCGUGCCAGCGAGGUCAUCGACGCCCUCCUCCGCAAGUUCACCGUCAUCGACAACCCCCGAAAGUUCGCCCUCUUCGAGAGGUCUGAGAAGGAUGAGCAAGUGUACCUGCGGAAGCUGGGUGACGACGAGCAGCCCCUGCGGCUGCGGCUGCUGGCCGGCCCUAGCGAGAAGGUGCUGAGUUUCAUCCUGAAGGAGAACGAGACCGGAGAGGUGAACUGGGACGCCUUCACGCUGCCGGAGCUGCACAACUUCCUGCUGAUCCUGCAGCGGGAGGAGGAGGAGCACGUGCGGCGGCUGCGGCACCGCUACGCGCGCUGCCGCCAGAAGAUGCAGGAGGCGCUGGCCACGCGCACGCCGGGGUGACCGCGACACGUGACCGCGACACGUGCGCCCGAGGCCGCCAGUGUAGCAGGAGCCUCGCCCGCCGGCGGGUGGGGACACCAGGGAGGGGGGUGGAACGGGGCACCACGGACCCACCGGGCUGUCACAGCCCCCAUGGGGCUGGCCCAGAGAGUGAGGGUUCCUGGUGGGAGCGAGAGCGAGUGUCACCCGCGAGUGGGUGUCCCCAGGGAGCGUGUGUCCUGGGGGGAACGAGUGUACCCUGGGGGAUUGGGUGUCCCCAAGAGAGCGUGUGUCACCUGGGGGAUUGCGUGUCCCCAGGGGAGUGGGUGUCCCCCAGAGAGCAUGUGUCCUGGGGGGAGCAAGUGUCACCUGGGGGAUUGUGUGUCCCCAGGAGAGUGAGUGAUAUGGGGGGAGCGAGUGUCCCCGGAGAAGUGAGUGUCCCUGGGAAGAGCAGGGCAUCAAUCACCAAUAAAGGCAUCUUGGU